AUGUCCUGCCUUCGUGUAGCUUCUGUGGCCGUCUUGUGCAUUGGGAUUGCCUCUGCUUCAGGUAGAUAUUUCCAAAGAUAUUUUUCUUGUAAAACCUUGAGACUUAUCUGAGCUUUUCGAACUCCUAGGUCUCUUCGGAGUCGGAUGGCAUCCUCAUCACGACCAUCAUGACAAUCACCAUGAUUCCCACGGUCAUGGUGCUGACUGGCAUGCCGAUCAUCAUAACGCUCAUGGCUGGGACGGUGACAAUCAUCAUGAUCAUCAUGGAAAGCACGGCUUCAGCAAGGGCGACAAGUCCGAUUGGGCUCGUUUGGACUACGGAGGCCACAAAGCCCAUGCUUCUGGAGACGAAUGGCAUUCCAACUAUGGCCAUGAGGCUGGAGAUGAUCACGGACAUGACGCCGGAUUCUCUCAUGGAGCUGAACAUGGACAUGCUGGUCAUGGUGGAUAUUCUCAUCAUGAUGAUCAUCAUGAGCCUCAUCAUUUCGAAGGACAUCAUGGAUUGGAGCACGGUCAUCACGGAUUGGAACAUCACGGUCUUGAACAUGAAGGCUUUGGACAUCACGGAUUAGAGCAUCACGGACUUGAGCAUGGACACCAUGGCUUGGAACAUCAUGGCUUGGAACACCAUGGCUUGGAACAUGGACAUCAUGGUUUGGAACAUCAUAUUGGUGAACAUCACGGACUAGAACAUGGCCAUGAUUUAGACCACUAUUAAGAUAAUUGAAGCGUAUUGGAGAUGCUUGAGUUCAACGUGAAUUCGCAAUUUCCUAGGAAUAAACAUAAUCCUUCUCCUGUUGUUUUCCAAAAGACGUAAUUACAAGUAAUUGACUUCAAACAAAUUAACUGUUUUUUUUUUUGAGUUUGUAGGCAGAAAAAUAAGUUCUAAAGCCGCCGGCAGAAGACUCUAUAUCCUUAUAGCAAGCACAAUAUACUCUAGCAUCCAUAAUUAAAGAAUUUUCCUAUUUACAUUAAGGAAAAAUGUAGCCGCAAGUCUUGUAAUCCCUCACCUCCUGGUACAAGAAGAUCAAUUAAUUCUCGCUCGGUCAAUGGGUCAAAGACGGCUGGAAUGGCAGUCAAGGACAAGGUCAAGAACUCACCUGCAAAGCACCCACACAAAACAAUCGCUCCGACACUGUUUCCUCCUCACUUUAGCUGGACUUUUACUUCCAGGAUCCACGCAUUUUUCGCUUCAUUUUCACUUUUUAUGCGGCUUCUGAAGAGCGUGAGGAUGAGAAUCCUGUCUGCGGAACCGCGGCUUUCCAUUUCUGACGGCACUUUUGUAAUUAGCGUAAGGGCGUGGAUUCUUCUUCGGAAUGGCGGAGAUUCAUUUCGAUGAAGAUGGAUCUGUAGCAUCUGCCGGCUUCAGAUGAUGGAGGAAGAGCGCCGAUGGGCAGGGGGCGCUAUUGUAUAACGGGCUGGGAAUGGGUUUAAUUUGAUCUUUAUGAUGACUGAAAUUACAGUCAAAACUGAUUGUAUUGAUUCGUAUUUAAUGACCCUUAAUACUCAUAUUGAUCUUUACCAUUCACUUCAAAUUUACCCAAUUCAUUUUGAACUUGUUUUAGGGUUAAAGAUGCACUAUCUGAUCGACACUAUUAUCUUUGUCCUGAUAACUCACACAGUUUCCAAGCCGCAGUCUGGAACCCGUAAUAAUGGAGGAAUCAUCUGUAAAGAGCCGGAAAAUUUGAAAUUAAAACUCUUGGAAUGGCAUCAGGAAUCGUCCAAGCUCGAUGUCGAGCCGUCAAAAUUUGUUGAAAAUCUGGAUGAACUGAUCGCGACGCCGCAAACGGAGUCAAGCGAAAUCUGCGAAAAAACCCCUUCAACCGACCCAUCGUCUACGGUAAGUUUAACUUUAUGAAACCUGCACAGUUUACUCUUACGAAUUGUCAAGUCAGUGCCUUCCAAAAUUGAGAAAAAGCCUUGAAUUUCUCUUUUUCUCAGGUAAUGGAGCGAUCUCUCUGUCCCUGGUCUUGGCGUUCCUCCUACGACGAAAACCGAGAGCCCAAAACAUUGACCGAAGCCUUUUGCCAAUGUCGACGAUCUCGCGGCAACUCCGGUUCAUAUUGCAUGCCCAUCCGACGACAAGUUCCCAUCUUGAGGAGGACUCAUUGCGAUGAGGGAAGCGGAUAUUACGCGUACGAAAAGUCCGUUCAUUGGAUUACGGUCGGAUGCCACUCUGUUUUGCCGCGGUCGCAACGAGCUCUGCCCAUUCGGAAGCUGAUCAAAAUGAAUACAGAUUAUAUAGAGGUCUAG